UUACCCUUUCAAGUUGCAAGUCUUUACCGGAAGAUACAAGAGUUGAGUUAAAGCCCCCAACCUCGUCGAGAAAUUCGACCAAUUCAACCCACACUCAAAAUCCAAAAACAAGCGAAAGAAAAAAGAGCAAACAAACAAGUAACAACGAUGAGCUUAUCACUAAUCCAAAGCUACUCUUCUGCAGAAGAAGAUGAACGCGAAGAAUUUAAUCAUCACCACCAUAAUUUCUCCGAAAACGAAGAUGACGACACUGACCCAGAAAACAACGACGCCGUUUCACACUUUCCCUCAACUUACAAUCCUGUAAUUGCCCCAAAUUCUUCCCAUAUCUCUGCUCUUCCCUCAGCUCUCGACGCUUUUUCCGAAAUUUCAGGGCCACCUCAAUUUCUUAAUAAUUGCGCCGAAGAUCAAAGUUUGAGGAGAGAGAAUGUCGUUGUUUAUCGAGGUCGCAAGAAAAGUAGAGACAAGAAAGAUCUGCCUGCUGGUGCUGUGGUGGAGGCCAAGCCUAAUUUAGUUGGGAUUCAUGAGCGAGUAAGGAGUGACAUUGAGGGUAAAGCUUCUUCAACUGCUUCAACUCAGCCUCCAAAAACUCCUGCAGCUACCACAACUGAUGAUGCUUCUCAACCAAGGAUUUGCUUACAAUGUGGAAUACCCAAGACCUACUCCAGUGCCCUUGGGAUGGUUUGUCCAGUAUGUCCACCUGAUGACUCCAAAAAGAAGGGAUCAACCGUUAAAGACAAAGAGAAGGUCAAGAGAAUGAGAGGUCAGUCUUCUCAUGCGACAUGGAAAACUGAGACAGAGAUGCACCUCAGGCAGCAAUUUGAUUAGCAACAUCAAAGGAACAUUAAGUGGAAUGCAAUUGCCUCAAAGCUAGAAUUAGUAUUGUACUUUAAGAUAUUAGUUAGAAAGUUAGUUGGUUUUCUAGAAGGAAUUACUAUUUUGUUAUGAUUGUUCAUUGGUGUGUUCACCUCUCUUAGAAAAAAAAUUCUUUCAAUUUCAAAUUGUGAAUUCGAGCUUCAAAAGUGUGUUGAUUUUAACUUGUUUCAAUCUUUUCCACGUUUUCAA